UUGUUCAAAGAGUAUAUGACUUUAGCUUUGGAUUGUUUAGUGUUUACUUUCAUCGGCACGUGCUACGGUGUUGUGGUGAUAAUGUGGUUUACAUGCAGCGGGAAUACAAGAUAGUUCGUGGAGUAGCAACUUUAGCUGUUAUCAUCUGGCUGUCAAGUGCGAAUGUGGGUGUAGAGUGGAAGGAAGCCCUUGGUCGAAAGAACUUUUAACCUUUUUACGUUAGUAUUUUCGCCUAAUUUAAAGCGUCGUCAUGGGAAAGAAACAUAAGAAGGGGAAAUCAGUGAAAAACAAUAAGGUCAACAAAGAUGAACCAGAGGAAUUCACAAGAGCACCUCAUUCAUUUAUAAUUCACCGUGGAAUUGUUGGCAACUCCAUUCUGGAGCUAGUGAAAGACUUUCGAAGAGUGAUGGAGCCAUUUACAGCUACUUCGUUAAAGGCUCGCAAGAAGAAUGUAAUUAAAGAUUUUGUCUCUGUGGCUGGUCUUCUACAUGUUUCACACAUGGGAAUAUUUACAAGAACUGAAUUAAGCCCAUACAUGAAGCUGGCCCGUCUGCCUCGUGGACCAACACUUACUUUUCGCAUUGAAAACUACACACUGGCAAGAGAUGUUGUUUCCAGUUUGCGCAGACAACUUAUUUUCCAUCGUCAGUUUGAACAUGCCCCAUUGGUGGUUCUUAACAAUUUUGCUGGGGAAGGGAGGCACUUGAAACUUAUAGCGUCAAUGUUCCAGAACAUGUUUCCUACAAUUAAUCUUACAAAGGUGAACCUUAACAACAUAAGACGAUGUGUAAUGUUGAACUACAACUCUACAUCAAAAUUGAUUGAUUUCAGACAUUAUGCAAUAAAAGUUGUGCCUGUUGGCCUGUCUCGAAGUGUCAAGAAGUUAGUGCAGAGUAAAGUUCCAAAUCUAGCCAGAUAUAGUGAUGUAUCUGAAUUUCUAACAAACCCAGACCAGUUGUCAGAGAGUGAGGCAGAAGACGAUCCCUCAAGUCAUGUGACACUACCACAAAAGAUAGCCUCUAGAGGAAACAUAACUUCCGGGCAGUCUGCAAUAAGGCUUGUGGAAAUGGGCCCAAGAUUAACUUUGCAGUUAAUCAAAAUUGAAGAGGGUUUGCUGAUGGGGGAAGUACUCUUCCAUGAACUUGUUGAAAAGACUGAAGAAGAAAAACAGUUGAUUAAGAAGAAAAGGGAAGAGAAAAGAAAACUUAAAGAAAAGAGAAAGAAGAUUCAGAUGGAAAAUAAAGCAGCAAAGGAGAAAAAGAAGGAAAUUUUAAAGCAGAAAUCACUGAAGGGCAUGCGGAAAGGACAACUGGAAAGUGAUAUUUUAAUGCGGAAGGCAGUUGAAGAAGCAAAUGAAGAACAGGAAAUGAAAAAUGAAGAUGAUGAUGCCCAGUGGUAUAGGCAAGAAGUGGGACAGGAUCCAGAUGAAGGUUUGUUCACUGGCAAUGACAAAGGAGUUAAAAGAAAAAGAGGAACUGAUUUUCACAGGAACAAGAAAGCUCGUCUUGAGGAGACACCAAAAUUUAAACACAGAAAGAAAAAAAGACUCUAAGUCCAGAUGAUUAUAAGUGUAGAAAUUGUGUAAAUAAGAGAGACAAUUCUUCAACUAAAGUGCACAAAAAUUAAUAGAAAAUAACAUUUUUUAUUUAAGAGUUAUAUUACAGCUUUUGAACCACCUUAUGUGCAGAUUAGAUCUGUGCCUAUCUGUUACUUUUCUCUUUCUUUUUUGCUCCUCCUCCUUGUCCUUUUGAAGUAACCUUUUGCAUCUACAUGGACUUUUAUUCAAAUAAAUUGAAUCCCUUUCAA